AUGAGUUCCAGAUAUGAUGAUGUCCAUCAUUUGAGGGACAAAAGCUCAGCCGGUUUUCAUCCGAAUCGAGGGAAGAUGUCUCGUGGACUGUGUCAACCUGAACGUCGUAGUAAGGCCAAACGGCUGCAGUACAACGAGAUUCAGCCACCGUCUUCUAGUGGGAUCAACCUACGAAUCUCUUCUUCGUGCACCUUCAUACGAAAUAAAGGUCUUCCCAACAAUGUUAUCUCAGGAAAUUUAUCGAAACCCAGUUACCCAUUGUGUCUACAAGGACAUCUAGUCAACAACAGGAAGAGACAUCACGAAAAAGAGGAUUAUACAGGGCGAAGGGAAGCCAAGGAGAGGCGAUUGCAGUGUAAGUCAAAAUCGGAAUCUGACUGGCGCGGGUCCACCUGUGGUAAAGUAAAUUGA